AGGAGACAGACGUCAGGGCCGCUAGGGCAUAGCGUGAGAGAUCCACUCCCUCGGAACUUGUCCUGGAGCCUCAAAGCUUGGCGAAUGUCCUAUUAUUGGGUCGUGGAGCACAGAGUCACCGCAUACGUGUAAUAUCGAUCCCUGGUCACGUCGACUGUUACUAGCUUUGCCAUCUUGGCUCACUGUAGAAAAUCUGCAAACUGAAUUAGACCCAAGUUUGAUUCACCCCGCUACUUGCUAACUCAAAUUCCCAUCAUCGAACAGAAUCUUCACCGCCCAACAUGUCAGACGACGAAGUUGACCUUGAACUCCUCGAUCUUCUUCGGAAACGCUUCGGCAUUGGCGUUACUGACUCGGGACCCUCAGAGACAAAAGUUCUCCAGGAUGCAGAAUUCAUAUACAGCAACAGCGUCGACGUAGCCAUAGACAUGCGUUCCACCAAGCUUACUGCCCAAUCAAUCCUGACAGAGAUGGAAACACGCGAAUAUAGCACAAAAACCUGGUCAGAACACGAACUUCACCCAAAAGCCAAAGACGAAGCAACCGUAAACUUCAUCUUCACCAUGGAUCUGCUAAACUUCAGCUUCUGGAGCGAAAAGAACGAGGAAGAGCGGUUUGCAGUUACGUAUAAAGGAAAGAGAUGGACGGGGUACUGGAGUCUUGUAGCCAUGCUCCAAAGAGCUUUAGAUGAGGGCAUUCCAAUCACAAGUCCCGAGUUCUGGACUGACGAGGACAAAUGCACAAACGAAGUCCUCCUAAACGUCUUCCGCUCAGACACCCAAGAACAAGUCUCCAUGUUCGACGAAAGAGUGCGCUGUCUGCGGGAAGCAGGACAAAUCCUCGAGGAGGAAUUCGACAGUAGCGUAGUCACACUAAUAGAGGAUGCAAAACACUCAGCAGCCGGUCUAGCGAACCUGCUUGCCUCGAAGUUCCCCUGCUUCCGCGACGAAGGCGUCUUCGAGCGGCGAAAAGUCCGUUUCCUGAAGCGUGCGCAGAUCUUUGUUGCAGAUCUUUGGGCAGCAUUCGACGGCGAAAGCUACGGCGAUUUCAAUGAUGUCGACAAAAUCACCAUGUUUGCAGACUAUCGCGUCCCCCAAAUCCUUCACUCUCAGGGCGUACUGUGGUACUGUCCCCCCCUUGAGAAUCGUAUUCGCCGCCUCGAGCCCCUCGAAUCUGGGCAUGCAUGGGAGAUGCAGAUCCGAGGGUGCAGUAUCUGGGCUGUAGAGCUGCUGCGGUGUGAGAUUCUGAAGGUGAAGCCAGACGCCAACGUCAAUGCCAUUUUGAUUGACUUCUUCUUGUAUGAUCUGGCAAAAGAAAGGGAGAGUGAGGGCAAGGAGGCUAUACCGCAUCAUCGGACAAGGUGUAUCUGGUACUAGUUGUUACUUUGGAGUGCGCGGUUCAAUGAUAUCCUGGGCUGAGCUGGGAGAUGGCGUAUGGUUUAGAUCUUGAGAGGGUGCUUAUUGGGGCAUCAUUUGAGUGGGUAGAGAUAGAUUUUUGUACAUAUUCGUUUACACUCG